GUUUACUCCGCUAAUUCAAAUAAAUCGUUUCCGUGAGAUGAAUAGUUAUUUAUGUUUACUCAGCAUUUUAUUGUCUGUACAUCAUAUUCUUACACAAGAAUGUGACUAUUUUCCGUAUGUUCCACUUGGAAUGACAGAUCGAUAUAAUGGAAUUACAGACAAUCAAAUUACAGCAUCAUCUUCAUUUUCAGAUCAAACAAUGCCAUAUUAUGGAAGACUUCAUAUAUCGGAUGCUUAUCUAUUCAAUCAAGACUUACAAGGUGCUGGUGCAUGGAUUGCAUUAGAUCAAGAUGAUAAACAAUGGAUUCAAAUUGAUUUAUUAAAACGUAAAGUUAUACAAAGUGUUGCUACACAAGGAAGACAAGGUGCUAGACAAUGGAUACAAGAUUAUUAUAUAUAUUAUACUGAUUCCAAUGAACCAAUUCAUUGGUCUGUCAUUAAAGAUGAUUUAGGUCAACCAUUAUUAUUUGAUGGAAAUAUUGAUGAUAAUACAGUAAAAUUUAAUAAUUUCUCAUAUCCAAUUGUUGCACGUUAUAUACGUUUAAAUCCUCAAAGAUGGAAUAAUUUAAUAUCCAUGAGAAUGGAAUUAUUUGGUUGUGAUUAUAGACCAUUUGUGGCAUAUUUAGAUGGUACAAGUUGGAUUGAUUUAAGAUUAGAUUUACCAGGACGUGCUACACAAACUUAUAUAGAUGAAAUAAGUUUUAGAUUUCGUACAAAAGAAAUUAAUGGUUUAAUAUUAUAUGGUGAUUCAAGUCAAGGUGAUUAUUUUUGUGUUGAACUUUAUAGGGGAAGAUUACGUGUUCGUGUAAACCUAGGCACAGUACCAUUAUCCGAUGAACCUACAGACAAUAUUGUCGAUGCAGGUAGUCUAUUAGAUGAUGAUCAAUGGCAUGAUGUACAAAUUAUAAGAGAAGAGAAAAAUUUAAAUAUAUCCGUUGAUAGAAUUAAAGUAUGGCGAAAUAUUUCAGCUAUAUUUGUACAUAUGAACAUGAAUCGAAAUCUUUCAAUUGGUGGUUUACCAGAUUAUUCAAAUCGUCGUGGUUUAAGUGUUAGUCAAAAUUUUAUUGGAUGUAUAGAAGAGUUUAUUUUUAAUGGUGUACAUAUUAUUAGAGAUGCUCAAAGAUCAUUAAUGAAAAUACCUCAAUUAUUAAUAAAUAAUGAAUUAGAAGAAUUACCAUGGGAAGAAUCACUUGGUUAUCCAAAACGUAAUUCAUUUAUAUGGUGGGGUCCACCUAUGACACAAGAUAAAUUAAAUAUUACUGGAUUAGCUAUUAGUGGAUCUGGUCGAUUUGGUAUUGAAUGUCCAUCUGGUGUUAUUGAUAAUACUGUAUUAACAUUUCCUGAUGUUCAACAAUAUAUUGUAUUUUUAAAAAUUGAACGUGAUGGUGGAACAAAUGUUUUACAAUUUGAAUUUGGUUUUCGUACUCUUAAUAGAGGUGGAAUUCUAUUUUAUCAUACUGUUGAUAAAGAUAAUAAUUAUAUAUCUUUUGGCAUGGAAGAUGAAAGUGGACAUUUAACAUUAGAAAUUGUAUUACCUGGUGUGUACAUCAUUAAAUAUACUGUAAGAAAUAAAGAUUCCGCUGCAAUCAAUGGUACAUUUGCUGAUGGUUUAUGGCAUUCAGUUAAAUUUAGUAUGUCACAAAAUUUGGUCACACUUAUUAUUGAUAAUAUUGUAUAUACUACUGUACAAAAUAUGACUUUACCAUUAUAUUUCGAUAAAGUUUCAUAUAUUGGUGGAGGACGACCACAACGUUAUUCAUUUCAAGGUUGUCUACGUCAAAUACGUAUCAAUGGAAUUGAUGUAGAAUGGGAUAAAUUAGAUCCAACUACACGACAUCGUAGUAUUAUCAAUGGUAGUUGUAUGAUACAAGAUCGUUGUAAUCCUAAUCCAUGUAAACAUGAAGCACCAUGUUCACAAACAGGUUCAACAUUUUACUGUGACUGUACAAAUACUGGUUAUGCUGGAGCUGUAUGUCAUCAGAGUGAAUAUUUUACAUCAUGUUCAGAAGCUGGCUUAUUUUAUGCACUACAACAGUCCACAAUAAAUAUUACUAUUGAUAUGGAUGGAUCUGGUGUAUUGGAGCCAAUUGAAGUAACGUGUGAUUUUACAGAUCAAAAUACUGUAAUGACAAUGUUACAUCAUGAUGCUCCAGAUGAUGUUGUAGUAGACGGUUAUCAAGCACCUGGUUCAUAUAGACGUAAAUUAAAUUAUGGACGUGCUGAUAGAGAGACACUUGGUGAGUUAGUUCGUCGAUCAAUUGAAUGUGAUCAGUCGCUUACUUAUCAAUGUUGGAAUGCUAAACUUCUUCAACUUCCAGCUGGAGGUGGAACAACUUAUGAGAAUCGUGCUUGGGGAUGGUGGGUUAGUCAAGAUGGUAGACCACAAUUUUACUGGGGUGGUGGUGUCCCUGGCUUACAGAAAUGUGCAUGUGGUGUUGAAGGUACCUGUACAGGAGAUUCACUGACAUGCAAUUGUGACAGUGACGGUUCAGCAACUCCACCAUUAGUUGAUACAGGAUUAUUACAAUUCAAAGAUCAUUUACCUGUAAUGGAAGUUCGAUUUGGUGAUACUGGUGGAAUUAAUGAUGAUAAACGUGCAAUUUAUCGAGUCGGACCAUUACGUUGUUAUGGUGAUAUAUUAUUUGAUAAUACAGUAACAUUUCGUAAAUUGGAUGCAAAUCUUGAAUUACCACCAUUAUAUUCAGAAUUUGCAUUUGAUAUGUCAUUUAUAUUUAGAACAACUAUAACAGAUGCUGUAAUUAUGCAAAAUAAUGGACGUGCAUCAAAACAAUUCUUUGAAGUUCGUAUUCGAAAUGGAAAUUCAUUACGUGUUGCUUUUAAUGUUGGCAAUGGAAUACAAUUAACAGAAGUAUCAACAGCACAUUGGCUUAAUGAUAAUCGUUGGCAUGUUGUACGUUUUGAACGUAAUCGUAAAGAAACACGUCUAAUCGUAGAUACACAAGAGCCAGCUGUUAUUAUUGAAUCAUCAGAACGUUCAUUUAGUGGUUUUGAUUUUGAUCAACCUUUGUAUGUUGGUACAACUCAAGCUUUUACUGAUGGUUAUGUUGGUUGCUUAUCAAAUUUAUUAAUUAAUGGUGUUGUACAAGAUAUGCGGGGUUUAGUUGAACGUGGUGUAUACACUUAUGGAUUAAGUGCUGGAUGUAAACCAAAAUGUGCUUCAAAUCCCUGUUUGAAUAGGGGUGAAUGUGUUGAAUAUUAUUCACAUUAUUUUUGUGAAUGUGGUUUGACUCCAUACCGUGGAUUUAUAUGUGGACGACAAAUUGGCGGUACAUUUAACAGUGGUCCAAUGGUGAAAAUUUUCUUGGACAGACCAAAAGAUCGUUUAGGAACGGUAGAAGAAUAUAUCCAAGUUGGUUUCAAAACAAAAUCAAAACGUGGUAUACUAAUGGAAAUGAGAGGAGAAGGAGAAAGCAAUUAUAUUAUCGUGAAAGUAAAUAAUAAUGGUGGAAUUACAAUAGAAUUCGAUAUUGGCUUUAAACGAUACGAGGUGACAACAAACUAUGAUGUAGACUUAACAAAUGAUCAACAUCAUAUGGUAUACGCAUGGAGGACGGAUUUAGGCACUAAAUGGCAUUUGAAGGUCGAUGAUUAUAAUGAAGUGGUAGAAGAUUUCAGUAAUCUUUUAUCACCGACAGCUGAUGUUCGAUUAGAUGAUCCAUAUGUAUUAUAUAUGGGUCGAAAUGAUACAAUGCAACCAGCUGAUGGUUUUGAUGGAUGUAUUUAUGCUGCACAAUGGAACAAUAUAUUCCCAUUACAUUUAAUCUAUGAAGAACCAAGAAAUGCAUCGGUUGUAAUGUUACCAGCAGAUUCUGUUCGUGAAGAUUUAUGCGGUUUCAUUGAAAUAUUACCAGAAGAAGAACCUGUUGAAAUACGUCCAUCACCAGCUAUUCCAACAAAUAUUACAUUCCCAGAAAUAACAGAUGAUGCAGAACGAGAGAAACGAAUUAUUGCUGGAGUGGUAUCCGGUGUCAUCUUAAUAUUAUCAGUCAUUAUUUUAGUGUUAUUCUGUCGUCAUUUCACUUUUGAACAAGGUGAUUAUAGAACAAGAGAAGCGAAAGGUGCAUCACGUAUGAAAACUGCUGAUAUGGCUAUACAAUAUGGCCGUACUGGUCAACCAGAAGUUCAAGGGAAAGAAUGGUGGAUUUGAAGGAGAUAUAUAUAUUUUUAUAAUAGACUUGUAGAUAAACUCCUUGAUACACCUAUGACUGAAAUUUGUAAACCCCCCCCCUAAUUAAUAAAAUAGUAGGGAAUAUUUUAUAGACCUUUUUUCAUUAAAUCUAUGUUUACUUAUCAACUAAAUGAUUUUGUAUACAAAUCAAUAAUCAAACCUUUUCCUUUUAUUAAAAAACGAAACUUGCUCAUGGUAACUAAGCAAUGGAAAUUUUCCCAAUCGAUAGUAGUAAUAAUCUAAUAUUUUUUGUAUAUGACUGGGAUUCGAAUCCAAAACAUG